GAGUAAAUCUUAUUAUCUUGUGUCGAUACUAUCUUAAACUUUAUAGGUAGUUUGAUUUAAAAAUUAUAAUUAAUAUUUUAAUUCAGCAAUAUCUUAUUUUUAUUUUUGAUAAAUUUUUUCUUGUUCAAUGCUUGCUAGGUUCGUAAAUUCAUUGCCACACGGCCUUUCACAGCGAUUAACUAGACUUUAUUUUCAGGCUUUAGUCUGGAAUCAACGCACAAGUCACAGCAGUCAAGAACAUCACCAAUACAAAACCAUGGAUGUUAAAAUUUUGCCAGCUCUAAAAGAUAACUAUAUGUAUCUGAUUGUUGAUAAGACAACUCAAGAAGCAGCUAUAGUUGACCCUGUUGAACCUAAUACUGUUUUAAAGGCGGUUCAAGAUCAAGGUGUAAAACUAACUAAAAUUUUAACAACACAUCAUCAUUGGGACCAUGCAGGAGGAAAUGAGGACUUGGUAAAAAUGCUUCCUGAUUUACAAGUUUAUGGUGGUGAUGAUCGUAUUGGAGCAUUAACACACAAAAUUGAACAUAAUUCUAAAUUCAGCAUUGGUAACUUGAAUGUACUCUGCUUAUUUACACCAUGUCAUACAGCUGGUCAUAUUUGUUAUUUUGUGACAAGUCCAGAAGAAUCUAGUGAUUCUGCUGUCUUUACAGGUGAUACUUUAUUCCUGGGUGGCUGUGGAAGGUUUUUUGAAGGCACUGCUGAACAAAUGCACAAAGCUUUAAUUGAUAUUCUUGGGAAUCUUCCAGAACAAACUAAAGUAUUUUGUGGCCAUGAAUACACUCUGCAAAAUCUGAAAUUUGCAGCAUAUGUGGAACCAAAAAAUGAACAUAUUAAGAAUAAAAUAGAAUGGUCUCACCAGCAAAGACAGGAUGGCAAGCCUACUGUUCCAUCAACAAUUCUUGAAGAGAAACAAUAUAAUCCCUUUAUGAGAGUAACUGAAGAAUCAGUAAUGGAGCAUGCCAAGAGAUCGGAUCCUAUUGAAACCAUGAGGACAAUUCGUCUUGAAAAGGACAAUUUUAAAGUCUGAAUUAGAUUUAGGUUUCAAUUAAUAAUAUUCCAUUUUAGCGAAAAUGUUGGUUUGUAAAUUAAAAUAUUUUUUUACAGUU